UGUUGUGAAGCAGUGAGGAAGAUGAGCUACAGGACUGCGUCACCUCGGGGGACAGAGCUUUGAUAGAACAUUUAUCCAGACGCCAGCUGCUGCAACAGAACAAUCGUAAAAUGGGGUUGAUUGAUCCAUCCUUCUUUAUCCUGGGUUUGAUUAUGGCUUCGGCCAUGGAAAACGAGCCAACAACAACAACCAGAGUGUUGUUCACAGCUGCACAGGGUCUUAACAGCAGCCAGUACAACCUUACCACUGAAAUGCCCUCCACCAAAACCACCAUGCACAACACCAGUAUCUCCCAUAUCGCCAGUGAUAUGAACAUCACCAGCCCCAACAUCACCACAGCCCCCUCAACAACAGCCCCCUCAACAACAGCACCCUCAACAACAGCAACCUCAACAACAGAGCAGAAAGGUGGUGAGACAACUAAAGGUGGCAUAACCAAUCCCAUUGGUCGAACUAAAACUACAUCGGACAAAAAGAAAAAAACAGACAAAAAGCCCACUACCACGCCCCAAACCGAAGGAGACCUACCUGGUAUUGCCAUCCUAAUUGUGAUCAUCCUCGUGGCGCUUGGAUUUGGAGUUGCUUGCUUCAUUGUGCGGAAAAGAGGAAGGCGUUACUCUGUCGACUUCACGUCCAGACAGGAUGAAGCCAACAUCCCUCUCAGCAUUGUGGACCCUGAGUUUCAUGCUGAUACUGUCUCUCAGAAUGGUCUGACAACCUUUGAAAGUACAGAAACGAAGGCAAAAGAGCCCCAAGGACCUGAGGGACAGGAGGAAGAGAACAAGUCUGUGGCUGCCGAGGCGGACAAAUCUGUGGUCGACCCCGGCGCCGAGUCUGCAGCCGCGGCUCCUUCUCCACACGACUCUGAGGACAAACCCAAGGAGGACGUGGCCGAGCCGAGUCCGACUCCUGCACCUGUGCAGCCAAGUGCGGAGGAGAAAACCGACGACGAAGGCACCGUCUCCAACAAGACCUCAGUGGAAUCGCUGAGGGAGACAAAUGAGAACAACAGCAACAGUGCUGACUUCAGACAGCCGACAGAAUUGGAUUCGAGCAACAUUUUCAGGGACGUCCCUCUUGACUCUCCAGUGUGACACCAGUGCCUCACUGUCCUGAACGCCAUUACUCACAAUCGUGAUGGAAAAAAAGAGUCGUUAACUCAAACGACCAAAGGACACGUCUUCUCACACGCUGUGAGAAACUCCAUUGGCUGGUGGCCUCUGGUUAGAAUUUCAUUUAUUGUCACACAACAGCUUUUUAUCAAAGUAAAUGUCUCCUGAGUUCAACAAUUUACAGAUUUUAUAUUCAAGAGGAUUUGCAUUGAUUGAAAAUUGUUGAAAUCAGAUUAACUGGUUUAAUAGACUAAAUGUUAUUAUUUCUGGUAACAUUUUGCUGUAAGGUGCAGAUACAAAAGACUUUAAAAUCAUUGUUAAUGACUCUGUGAAAGCUAAUUCAUAAUGUAAAUAAGUUCAUGUUGCUAUAUUGAUGUGUAAAUAGAAGCAUUUGCAGGCACUUGCACUCCCACUUCGAAUAAGAUAUGCAUAAAAGUGGGUUGCAACUCGAUAACUUAAACCUUUUCCUCUUUACACUUAACAACUAAAUAUAUCAUUCAUCAAAUAGUAUUUUAACAUGUAACAUUACAAGACAGGUCAGAUUUAAAUCAGUGUUUUCUUCUUUUUUUUGUACAUGUUAUAUUCUGCUUUUUCACAAUAUUACCAUUCAGCAGGAGUAAAGUUUGUAUUAUUUCCCAAAAUUGCUAUAAUGUGAAUGUCAUUGGAUUGUAUUAAAUAUAAUUUUGUGACGCAU